AUGUUGUCAAUCUUGGCUGCUGGCAUUGCGUUAUUUUGUCUUUUAAACAAGAUCUACGCGAACUCCGAUGAAUGUCAAAGACGAAUAGACUUUGAUGCCAGCAGGGAUAUGGUAGCANCAAAUACAGGUUGUCAAAAGGACAGUGAAGAAUUCGAUUUUCUGAAACACACAUGUCCUAAGUCAACCUGCCUCAGAACAAAAUGUCCCAUCCAUACGACCUGCCAAGAAAUGUGCCAGCCACGUUAUAAACGCUACAUAUGCAAAUGUCCAACAGRCAGUUCAUACAACUGUGAAAAUCUACCACGAACAUGCAAUGACUUAAGGAAAAGUCUUGGUUUUGUACCUUCUGAUGGGAAAUACUUUGUGUAUGACGAACAAGACAAGCUAUUCCAGGUCUACUGUGAUUUCAGCAGCGAGCCUGGUUUUGCGUACACGCUGAUUACGUCUUUCUCUUUUGGUAACAAAGCUAUUUUCAGGACUCUGGGAUUCUAUACUGACUCUCCUUUUGAACAAAGCUCAGUGAAUUGGAUCAAAUACAGGUUGUCAAAAGGACGUAUGGAGUUGAUCGCAAAGAAUUCCACUCAUGUUAGAGCAACAUGUAACAUGAACAUCAAGUAUUCAACAAAAGAUUACAUUCGAGCGAAUUUACAAGGAUUCCCAUUAUUCCAACAAUUUAGACAAAGGCCCCCAUUUAAACCAGCCUACGCUGAAUUGGGUGGCCUGUUGAAAUAUUGCUCAUAA